AUGGCGCCAUCUCAGUUAAAUACGUCAUCGCCCCGGUCCCUUGGCUUGAUCAAUGAUGCCAUAUCUUCUGCUGCCUCGCCUCUGCAGGCCAGCUUCCAACUAAGCUGUCGUUCACCGGUCCGGCCCACACACGAUAUCGGCACUAGCGCCGGUACUAGCGUAUCAGGCGGAGCGGGAGCAGCCGGCUCCCGUCCGCACCGAGGAAGCGCUCGGCAUGCACUUUCCUUAUCGCCUAACAACACAGUCGCAUCGGCCUUUCUAGUACCGCCGCUACGGCAGUUCGGACCGCUACCAUCGCCGUCAAGACGGACGUGGCCCACAUUACCAGGGGAUGGGAGCAGUCGGGACACUGUUGUCGAUGAAGACGACGAUGCCGAUGACCUCGACACUGUGAAUGACCGCUCGUGGUUUCUACCAAGAUCACCACCCACACCCGGAGUUGCGCCUUUCAACCGUUUCUCUCACGCCCACGCCCGCGAUGACGACGACACAAAACUGGGCGUCGUAUCGGCCGUCAGCAUCAUCGUCGGCAAGACCAUUGGCGUCGGUGCCUAUUCCGUGCCGUCGGCCAUUUUCGAAGGCGUGGGCUCGGUCGGCAUGGCCUUGCUCGUCUGGGCUGUCGGCAGCCUGAUUUCGUUUUGCGGCCUCGCCGUCUAUCUGGACCUGGGCACGGCCCUUCCCCGCAGCGGCGGCGAGCGCGUGUACCUGGAGCGCAUCUUCCGCCGGCCGCGCAUGCUGGCCACGUGCAUGUUCAUGGCCUAUGUCGUGCUGCUCGGCUUCUCCACGCCGAACGCCAUAGUGCUCGGCGAGUACGCCCUCUACGCCCUGGGUGUGCCCGUGAACCGCUGGAAUGUGCGCGCCAUUGCCGUCGUGUCGGUGACGGUGCUGUGCUCCGUGCACGCGUGGCAGCCGCGUCUGGGUCUGAAGCUGAUCAACGUCCUGGGCGCCGUCAAGAUGCUGAUGCUCGUGGUCGUUGUCAUAUCGGGGGUCGCAGGGGGGAUAAUGGGUGUGGGGUCGGAUCCGGCUCGUACAACAACGACAACGAAUUCUACCGCUGCCGCCACAGGCAUAGUGACGGGCCGCCAACUUGACGCCGGCAUCAGCACGGCCCGUCGUAACUUCCAGGACAUUUGGGCUGGCUCGUCGUCGCAGCCCUACGACUAUGCAACUGCCCUCCUCAAAGUCAUCUACUGUUUCCGCGGCUACAGCACCGCCAACCAGGUGCUGUCCGACGUCCGCGACCCUGUACGCACUCUGCGCGUGGCUGCACCGCUGGCUCUCGUCCUUGUGUCGCUGUCGUAUCUGGCCGUCAACGUCGCCUUUUUUCUCGUCGUCGACAAGGACGCCUUCCGGUCGGCCGGAGUCGUGGUGGCCGGCGUCUUUUUCCGCAACCUCUUUGGCGACGGCGUUGGCGCACGAGUGCUGCCCAUUUUUGUCAUCAUUUCGGCCGCAGGUAACAUUGCCGCGACGUCGUUUGCGCAGGCCCGAGUCAACGAGGAGCUGGCCAAGGAUGGCCUGUUGCCGUUUGCUUCGUUUUGGCGGUCGGGCGAUAAGAAGGACAAGAAGGUGGUGAUGGACACGAUGGGGACAACGGGGACGAUGGGGACGAUGGGGACGAUGGGGACGAUGGGGACGAUGGGGACGAUGGGGACGAUGGGGACAACCACCAAUCCAACGCCCUCCCGUGGCUUGUUGCUGCACUGGCUUGUGUCCGUGCUGGUCAUCGUCGUACCGCCGCCCGGCAAGAUAUACAACUUUUUGGUCGACAUUGGCGGCUACCCCGUAUCCGUUAUCAGCGUGGCCAUCGCGGCCGGGUUGCUGUACCUGCACACCACGCCAUCAGAGCGCUGGGUGUCGCCGUGGCCGGCGCCGCGCCUGGCCAUUAUCGUCUUCGCCACCAGCAAUUGCUUGCUGCUCGUCUUGCCGUGGAUCCCACCCGUCGGUGGACGCGGCGAGAGCGAACGCUUUGCGUCGUAUGCGUAUCCGAUGACGGCCCUUGCUGUUAUUGCCAGUGGUGCGUUGUUCUGGCUGUGGUGGCGGUACCGAGGGCUGGGCCGCAUCUCUGCUGAAGCGUCGUCGGUCGGUACAAGGAGAAGGCAUGACAGCAGAACAUCAAGGAACUCACCGCCUGGCUGGGACCGCAUGAAGUUUGGCAUGUCCAAGGUCGGUGUUCGGGAUAGCAGCAGUGAAGGCAGCAGCAGCAGUAGCAGCAGCCCAAAGGCGGAAGAGGACGGUGACGAUGACGGAGACCGUUCGGUUCAUGGUCCUCUGCUCGAGGACAACGACACUGGUUCAUCACAGCCAGUCAACACCUCAACCACGAUCCGAAGGAGGGCGCCUUGUGGGUGUCCGUCGCUGCACUAA